AUGCUGGCGUUGUCCCCUAACACCGGCUCCGUUGUCCCGCCAGUGACUACAAUCUACUUUUCACCUGUUUUUUUUUUUUUUCGGGGAGGGGGGGGCUUUCUUUCUUUCUUUCUUGCUUUCUUGCUUUCUUUCUUUGUUACUUUUUCUUUCUUUCUUUCUUUUUUCUUUCUUUCUUUCUUUUUUGUUACUUUUUCUUUCUUUCUUUCUUUUUUCUUUCUUUUUUGUUACUUUUUCUUUCUUUCUUUUUUCUUUCUUUCUUUCUUUAUUCUUUCUUUCUUUCUUUUUUGUUACUUUUUCUUUCUUUUUUUCUUUUUUCUUUCUUUCUUUCUUUUUUGUUUUUUUUUUCUUUUUUUUUUUUUUUCUUUCUUUCUUUCUUUUUUUUUUCUUUCUUUCUUUUCUUGCUUUUUUGUUACUUUUUCUUUCUCUCUUUCUUUUUUCUUUCUUUCAUUUGAUUCUAGCUCUUUCUCGUUCAUUGUUUAUUCUUCGUUCCUCUUUCCCGCCUUUCACAUUUCUUUGUUUUUCCACUCAACCAAUCUCUUUCGUCCAUCUUAUUUAUUGCUUCCUUCAUUUCUUUUCGUUUUCUCUUUCAUCAAGUCCUAUUUUAUUUUUCACUUCUCUUUCUUCUAUCCAUUCUUUCUUUCCUUUGUCUUUCGUCAUUUCUCGUUCUGCGUAGCAAGAUUCUUACUUCUAUUCUGUCUUUCCUCUCUUUCUCUUUUUUCAUUCCUCAUUCGGCGAUUAAAGUUUCUUUCCUCUAUAUCGUCUUUCCUUCUUUUCUCUUUCUUCAUUUCUCAUUCGGCGAUUCAAUUCUCUUUCUUCUAUUCCCUCUUUCCUUCCUUUCUCUUUUUUCAUUUCUCUUCCUCCGAGCCAAGAUUUUUCUUCUAUUCCAUCUUUCCUCUCUUUCUCUUUCUCAUUCCUCAUUCUGCGAUUCAAGUCUCUUUCUUCUAUCUAGUCUUUUCUCUCUUUCUCUUUCUUCAUUUCUCAUUCUGCGAGUCAAGUCUCUCUCUUCUAUUCCCUCUUUCCUUUCUUUUCCCUUUCUCCAUUAACCCUCUUUCUUGCAUUCUUCUUCAUAUCUCUUUCCACAAUCCUCUUUUUCCUUCCUUCCCUUUUUCCCCAUUUCUUUCAUCGUCAUACUCUCGCUUUAUUUCCCUCUGUUUUCUCGUCUCUUUUUUCGCAUUCUCUCGCCAUUUCUCAGACAGCUAUCUCUAA